AUGGCGCUGGAUGUCAUCAUCCAGAAGCUGCUGGGAGUGAAGGGGAGCAAGCCAGGGAAGCAGGUGCAACUUCUCGAGGCAGAGAUCCGGCAGCUUUGCCUAGUGUCCAAGGACAUAUUUCUGCAGCAGCCCAAUCUCUUGGAGCUUGAGGCGCCUAUUAAGAUUUGUGAUUUGCAUAAUUUGGACCAAAUUCAGAAUCUGGCGCACCCUACUGAUGUGCCAGACAGUGGAUUUCUUUGUGAUCUUUUGUGGUCAGAUCCCAGUAAAGAGGUGGUGGAGGAUGGAUAUGAGCUCUUUGCUGAUAGGCAGCUUGUAACAAUCUUUUCAACUCCAAACUACUGUGGUGAAUUUGACAAUUCUGGUGCUAUAAUGAGUGUGGAUGAAACUUUGAUGUGUUCAUUCCAAAUUCUGAAGCCUGCAGCUUUGGAAAAGAAAAAGUUCCGCUUUGCUACCGCAUCUAGAAUUGGAACCCCUUGGUACACUAAAAAGUAA